AAAACGAAAACAAUGGAGCUUGAGCAACAGUUCGUAAGCUUAUCAACUAAAUUUCUAUUUUUUAACUGUGGCAGUCAAUUUAGCGACUAUCGGAAUGAGCUGAAUACACUUCUCAACGAGUUAAAUGGACUGGAUUAUAAGAAUCAGCAAAUUACUGACACAAGGGCUCCUAUAAGGCUUGCGGAAUCAUUGGUAAAUAUUCCCACAAACGAGGAUACACUGAUCGUCAAAGCCUGUUGCUUGUUGCGAACAUUGGUUUAUAAACAAAAAAUCGUGCUUCCUCCGAAAGUAGCCAAGCAACAAGUUGGCUGGUUAUUGCAAUGUCUGGAGCGCUGUUUCUACGAGGUGCUUUGCGAAGUGCUGGGUACAUUGCAAUUCUUGCUGAAGCAAUGCGCAGACGAUAUCGAAUUAUUCCACGAUUCUCUGGUGUCCCAAAAUGGCGUUCUCAUCAAUCUACUUAUUGACCCGGACUACCGAAAAGUAGACCGAAAUUGCGUCUAUGAUAGCUGCUCUCCGGGUGAAAUUUAUCUAGCUGCCUUAUUAUGCUUGGAGGCGUUUUUAAACGCCUCGGAAGGAAGUGCAAGCGUGGAAAAGUAUUUCGCAUCAAUAGGAGAUUCGGUACUGUCGCUUGUGUUCCGGUUGAAAAGUGACAUUUUGUCGGAAACUUCGUUCUACAGUCUGAUGAUAUCCGCCCUCAAUUGCUUACGUUUAGUUUCUGUGCAACGGGAGGAUUGGCUUGACAGUCACAUCGGCCAGCUGUUGGGAAUUGCCAAAGCUUACAUGAUGUAUGGCAUUCCGAGCGUUAACCAACUGACGCCACAUAAAAUAAUGGUAUCACAGCAAGGCGUCCCUGAACCACAAUUUAUCCCCAUUAACAAAGGGGGUAAAGUGCCGAAAACACGAAAAACGAGAACCCCUGUGAAAGGAAAGGGCGCGAGAGCUGACGGAAGGAAAGGAACCAAUAAGUCGGGUUCCGCGUGGGAUGAAAACGGUCGUCAGCCUUACACAGAGCAGAGAUUCGUGCUCGAUGAAUUCCCAGCCCAUACAAACAAUGCGUAUCGAACGAGUGAUUCGGAUUUCUCAGAAAGUGAAUCAUCUCGGGCUCAAAUUGAUCGCCAUAAACUCUCCAAACUGCGUCACUCCGCCCUCACUUUGAUAUGCACCAUCACGAAAGCGGUUGAGAAAAAGGUCAUGUUCGGUUAUUGGCAUGCGUUGUUCCCUGAUGAAAGUCGAACUGCAGCCACUGUGUCACUGCUUAACUGUGUGCUUAAAGAUCCGUCUCCAAAGUGCAGAAUAGCUGCGAUUCAAGCAACAACAUUUAUGCUGCACAAAUCAAAACCAUUUCUCAUUCAAGCGGAGAGCAGUAAAAAAGUUUCAGUUUCGUUCACCCCUUUCUCGAUUGUCUUGGGAAACAUGAUUAUCGAAAUGUAUGAGAUGCUGACACAGGCACUGGCAGAUGAGAGUGAUCUUUCCGUGCUCACGCAGAUAUUGAAAUGCCUAACGGUUUUCAUUCACGCCACUCCUUUCAAUCGAUUACGCCCGGGAAUAGUGACCAAGUUUGUUCGUUUUGUGCGAAUACUGACGCGCCAUAAGGAUCCCACAAUCAAAGUGGGUGCCCUAAUGGUAAUGGGUUUCUUGAUAACCGUCAAUGAGAUUACACCGGAGAUUUCGGAGGUAGUAGGAAUUCGGAAAACUGAGAUCGUUAACAAAAGCAGUGAGACUAGGAGGAUAAAUACAACCGAAGCGCUGAGCGUUCAGUUUCACGACGAAGAAGAGGAAUGCCUGUCAUCGGAUGAUGAUAAAGAACUGGAAUCCCCAGGUGAUGAUGGCACAACGGAACCAUCCGAAACAAGUCCUAGUGCCGCUACAGCAAAUAUGUCCAAGGUUUCGUGGUUACUUCAGAUUGCAUUGGAAUAUCUGGGAGUUACGGUGCGCGAGCACAAAGUGGCCACCCCGUCUGCGGUGAUGCCCGUUCGGAUGGAGUGUUUGCAGGUGCUUUCGGCUAUGACAUCGCACUAUUCGCUUCUGGCCGACUCGUUGCCACUGGUGGCAGCUGCGCUGAAAAAUUCAUUCAAUGAUGCUAUUCCGGAGAUCAAGUUGUACGCGGGACGAGUGCUUGACCUGCUGGGACAUGCGAUCAAUACGUCGCUUUUGAUGAAAGUGACAGUCGACGACGAAAAGCUGAAUGACGCGGUGGAGUUCUGGGCCGCCAUGAUACCGACUGUGAAGGAUCAGAUCCAAAACCUCCAGCAGAAUCCAUCACUGCGCGCCAUCUGCUGCGAUGCGUUAGGCAAUAUCGGUGUGCAUGUGUUCGAGAAGCUUCCGCGCGACCGUCAAAUUGUUCUCGUCGUCCUGCUCACGGGAUGUACCUGUGACGACGACAGCGGUGUCAGUUCGGCUGCUGUUCGUGCCCUCUCGGUGUAUACACUGUUCCCUUCGCUGAGAAACGACUUCUGUUACAUCGAGAACACAAUCGAUGCCGUGUUGCGUAUUUUGAAAAGCCAAAAUGUGGCAGCACGCGUAAAGGCUAGCUGGUCGUUGGGAAACAUCACCGAUGCGCUUGUGAUGAACGGAAGAGAUCCCGGUGGAGAUCAUGUUGGAGAUGGCACGAUGAGUACUGUUCUGGAAGCAGUGAUAACCGCUGCCGGGGAUAACGAUAAGGUGCGAUGCAACGCGGUACGAACUAUUGGAAACGUGUUGCGAAUGCUAAGAAACGAACAUCUGACGAAAACUUUAUGGAUAGACUUGUGUCAAAAAUCCAUUGAGAAAUUGGUCCAAAAUGUUCUCAACUCAAACAAUGUGAAGGUGAAAUGGAACGCUUGUUAUGCCAUUGGGAAUAUUAUGCGGAACGAGCUGCUGUUUACCGAAGGGCAACGAAUCGAUUGGCAUAAGCAAAUUUUUCCUGCCCUCUGUCACAUAGUGAUAAAUUCGAACAAUUUUAAAGUUCGAAUCAAUUCGGCGGCGGCACUUUCAGUCAUCGAAAAUCGAUCACAUUACGGUGGUUAUUUCAUCGAAAUUUGGAGUUCUUUGCUGAAGGCCCUGGAGCAAUCCGACAAUCUCGUUGAUUACAACGAGUAUAAGCAUCGAGAUAAUCUUCAGGAGCAGUUGUGUUUGUCUCUGUCCCAUUUCCUGCGGCUGGCAUCGAGAGAGGACUUGAUUGCGAUGAGCCAAGAACUGUUGCCGUUGUUUGACGCUGUGAAGCAAAACUGGGACCGAGUUGUUAAUAGGAUACUUCCGGAGAAGUCUGCUAAACUGAUCGAAGCGAACGUCAAACUGAAAGAACUGGAGCCGACACUCAGGAAUGGAGACGCCAGGAGUGCCGCUGAGAUGAUAUCCAAAUGCUUCCAUAGUGAGGUGCACAUUUUGUAGCAUUUGCAGGGAGUCGAUAAAAAAGGCCUCGAGAAUGUAUUUAUUAACAAUUGAAUACACAAAAGUACACGACCGUAUCUGAAAUCUACACAGAAUGAACACAAUAAAGGUUUUGAUGAAA